AUACGAAGGCCCAUAUACUCUGGCUUUUCCCGGUCGAACGCUUUCGCCGGGAAACACUUUUGAGUUUUAACGGCACGCAUCGGGGUGAAGCGGAGGAAACUGCCGGCCGGCGGAGCUCACAGCAGCCUGCCUAGUGAAGGCGACCAGUUUAAUUUCUCGACCUUUCAUCUCUUCAGCUCGUCUGUCAAAGAGGAUUGAACAAAACCCUAGAAGACCUGUCCUGCUCUCCGGUUCCAUCCCUUUGUUCUUCGGCAAGCGCAAGGGUAGAAGAGAGGGAAGGAUAUAAUGCCUAGGGAGAUCAUCACGCUGCAAGUGGGACAAUGCGGGAACCAGAUCGGAAUGGAGUUCUGGAAGCAGCUCUGCCUCGAGCACGGAAUCAGUAAGGAAGGCAUUCUCGAAGACUUCGCCACUCAGGGAGGCGAUAGAAAAGACGUUUUUUUCUAUCAAGCUGAUGAUCAACACUACAUUCCAAGAGCUUUGCUGAUGGAUUUGGAGCCCAGGGUGAUUAAUGGUAUACAAAAUGGUGAGUACAGGAACCUUUACAAUCAUGAGAAUGUGUUCAUUGCCGAUCAUGGUGGAGGCGCUGGCAAUAACUGGGCAAGUGGAUAUCAACAGGGAAGUCAAUAUGAGGAAGACUUAAUGGAUAUGAUUGAUAGGGAAGCUGAUGGAAGUGAUAGUCUUGAGGGUUUUGUUCUCUGUCACUCAAUUGCUGGUGGAACUGGCUCAGGUAUGGGCUCAUACCUGUUGGAGACUCUUAAUGAUCGCUAUAGCAAAAAACUUGUUCAAACAUACAGUGUAUUCCCAAACCAGAAUGAGACAAGUGACGUGGUUGUUCAGCCAUACAACUCCCUUCUCACACUCAAGAGGCUUACACUAAAUGCCGAUUGUGUUGUAGUUCUUGAUAAUACUGCACUCAAUAGAAUAGCUGUGGAGCGCCUUCAUAUAUCGACUCCUACGUUUGCUCAAACAAAUUCUUUAGUCUCUACUGUGAUGUCAGCAAGCACCACAACUCUGCGAUAUCCAGGAUAUAUGAAUAAUGAUUUGGUUGGCCUUCUUGCUUCUCUAAUACCAACACCAAGGUGCCACUUUCUGAUGACUGGAUAUACUCCGCUCACAGUGGAGCGUCAAGCUAAUGUAAUUCGAAAGACAACUGUUCUUGAUGUGAUGAGAAGGCUUCUUCAGACAAAGAACAUCAUGGUUUCCUCUAAUGCUCGAACAAAGGAAGCAAGCCAAGCUAAGUAUAUAUCAAUUCUAAACAUCAUUCAAGGUGAAGUAGAUCCGACACAGGUCCAUGAAAGCCUGCAGAGAAUUCGUGAAAGGAAGCUUGUCAAUUUUAUUGAGUGGGGCCCUGCAAGCAUCCAGGUUGCUUUAUCAAGAAAGUCACCCUAUGUCCAAACUGCCCACAGAGUCAGUGGGCUUAUGCUUGCAAGCCACACAGGCAUCCGUCACUUAUUUACCAAGUGCUUGAGCCAAUAUGAGAAGUUGAGAAAGAGACAAGCCUUUCUUGACAACUAUAGGAAUCAUCCCAUGUUUGCUGACAAUGAUCUGUCAGAAUUUGAUGAGUCUAGAGAUGUGCUCGAGAGUCUCAUCGAUGAAUACAAGGCUUGUGAGUCCCCAGAUUACAUCAAAUGGGGAAUUGAGGAUCCAGAUCAAAUUUUAACAGGGGAAGGGAAUGCCAGUGGUGCCGUUGAUCCGAGGUUAGCCGUGUGAACAGAAUAAUGCCCCUCUUUUUUUGCAAGUUGACAAAGAAAAAACUGUUGAUUGCUACUUGUAAUUAAUUGUUCUUGCUUCAUUUCUGGUUCUACACAAUCCACUCUGUUUCUUUUCCACAUUCUAACCUUUAUGGCUUUCUAAAAAGCAGCCCCCCCCACCCCCACCCGAGCUUGCUUUAAGCGUAUUGUAAAACUCUUGUUG